GCCUCUAAAAUCUAAAACCAUUGCACACCAAAUCGGAGGUAUGCAAAAUUUGGCACGUGCCUUUGGUUGGAGAUGUUGUCACCGACCUUUCUCUCUUUCUCCACGGCAAAAGCAUCGUGAAUCCUCGUCGUCGCGGUCGUCGAUAUUUUGUAGCUUCUUUUCCAAUUUCGUACAUUAAUUUUACACUCCCAUUUCCUUCCGCAACCGAUUCUUCACCGUUUUAGUCAUCAGGUGUUUGGUUUGUACUAGCUCCUUGGAACAUUUUUAAGUUAUGUGAAGAAUAAAGAUGAAACUACAGGCACAUAUUCCAAGACAGGUACCCAAUCAAACAGGCUCUCAGUUGCCUGGACUCACCUAAGGCUCCUCCGGUCCUUUUACCCGUGGGUAUGGGCUGUAUACUACCAAAGUAAAGAUGGGAAAUCCACCUAAGGAAUUUAAUGUUCAAAUUGAUACUGGAAGUGAUAUUUUGUGGGUUAAUUGUAAUACUUGCAGUAAUUGUCCUAAAUCUAGUGGAAUUGGGAUUGAGCUUAAUUUCUUUGACACGGUUGCUUCGUCCACGGCUGCGAUGGUUCGUUGCUCGGACCCUGUAUGUACUUAUGGGGUUCAAGGUGCGGCUGCUCAAUGCUCCCCUCAGGUUAAUCAGUGCGGCUACACGUUUCAGUAUGAAGAUGGGAGUGGUACCUCGGGUGUUUAUGUUUCUGAUGCUCUGUACUUUGACAUGAUCCUCGGACAGUCUUCUUCUGACAAUGUUAACUCUUCAGCUCCCAUUGUAUUCGGGUGAGCAACCCUUGUGCUUAUUUAUUGUGGAUAAUUAUAAUUGCAUGUGAUAGAGAGCCGGGCUUAGAUGUAGGAAUGAGUGCUAGGCCAAUGUAAUCUAAAUUUUGGAAGCCCUCCUAUGUUGUUAUAAUUUGGUUAAAAAAGAAAUAAAUAGUUGGAUUUAUAUUGAAAAAGGGAAAGAAUUUUUUUGGCACUUGGUCAUUGUGAACAUAUAGUUGUAUAGUUAUUUCCUAACUUUGAACUAGUGAGGUCAUUCUAUCAGAGUUAUUGAUUAGGACCACUGCAGUAUAUAUGCCAUUAUGUCAAUUGGAUUACUCUCUGUCUCCGAGUGCUCCACCUGGUUCGUUUUUUUGAAUGGGAUAUAAUAUAAUGCGCGCAUACGAUAUAUUAUUUAUCAUACAAACUAAUUUGGUGAACAAGUCACUCACAAGGGGGAGAUAUUUGUUAAAACUAUCUCACAAGUAUUUUAAUACUAUACUAACAUGUUUUAUAAGCAAUGCAGGAUCAAUAUGGCAUUCUGUUUAUACUUUGGCUGUUAAUUAUCGGGUCAAUUGAUGAUCUACAGUGAUCAUGAGAAAGAAAUGUUACAGGCAGUAUGAUUACUUCUAUAAUUGUUUCUAUAAUUACAUAGUUACACUAAACUGUUUGUUAACAUCAUGUUUAGUAAAGCUAUCUUUGACUAUGAAGUCUCAUGAUUAUAAACUAUAUAGCUAUGUUUAUAUUUCUAAUAAUGUGAAGCGAUAAUGCAUAGUGAGAUUUUAAGCUUCAGGUUAACUUCAGUGCAUGCCAUUGGAAUAGCUUUUGGGUAAUCCGGAUAAACCGACCUGGUUACACCGCGGUGUUGCAUUCCUACACAGCAUGCCAUUUAGACUAUGUCAUCCGUGUCGUCAUGAAAACUUGUAGUGCUACAUAGGAUAUAUAUGUAGUGUCGGUGUUACAUGAACUCAUACUUCUAGCUGACCCUUUAAAGAAUGUUCAUUUAGGUGGCCUCAGUCUACUAUCCCUACUUUCAAAAUCUUAUCAUGUGAAUGUUUAGAGCAGGUCCAGAUUGGGGAACAAAUAUCACUAGUGAGGUAUGUGAU